AUGGCGGCGGAGCUGCAUCCGCGGAGCGGAAAGCUGAUCGGCCUGUCCAACUCGAACCGAACCGCCCGGCGCAACCAGCCAGUCCAGGAGUUCAACCAUGGCCUGGUGCUUAGCAAGGAGCCGCUGAGGGACCGGGAUGUCUUCACUGUCCGCAUCGACAAGAAGGUGAACUCGUGGAGCGGUUCCAUCGAGAUCGGCGUGACGGCCCUGGACCCCGCGGCGCUGGACUUCCCCAGCAGCGCCACAGGCCUUAAAGGCGGCUCCUGGAUUGUGUCGGGCUGCUCGGUGCUCCGGGACGGGCGCUCGGUCCUGGAGGAGUACGGACGCGACCUGGACCAGCUGGCGGAAGGCGACCGGGUGGGCAUCCAGCGCAGCUCCAGGGGGGAGCUCCACCUCUGGGUCAACGGCCAGGACUGUGGCGCGGCGGCCAGCGGUCUGCCGCCGAAGCUCUGGGCCGUGGUCGACCUGUACGGAAAGUGCACUCAAGUGACGGUGGUGAGCUGCGAGCCGCCGCCAGCCUCCACUGAAAGAGACACUGUAGAACGGGAUGAGGAGGAGGAAGAGGAGGAGGAGGAAGAGGAAGAGGAGGAGGAAGAGGAGGUGGUGGUGUGCGGCGGUCGGGACGACACAGGAAUCGCAGCGCUCAUGAAUGUGGCAGCAAUGAAUGGAAUGAUGAACGGAGAUGAAGUGCCUGAGCUCAGCUGCAGCCACAGCAGACCCGACAAGUUCCCCAACAACCUGGAGACCGACACAGUACUGACGGAGCACCAGCUCUUCGACGUGUUCAACAAUGCCAUAGUAUCUUUUUAUCGCUCUGAGGAUGAGGGCGGAGGGGAGGAUGGAGGAGGUGGAGGAGGAGAGGGAGGUGGUGGUGGCGGCGGCAGAGGUGGUACAGGAGGAGGCAACGCUGGACCUGAGUCCUCCUCCAGAAACGACAGAGGCAGCAGCAGUGGAGGAGGAGGUGCGGUGAGCAGCGAUGGGGGGUCGACAGGAGGAGGGGGCGGAGGACCAGGUGGUGGAGGGGGCGGGGACAGUAGCAGUACUAAUAACAGCCCCGCGGGGAACGGAGGGCUGGGGCCUGGAGCCAUGACUGGAGCAAUGACCACCAAUGAUGCGCUGCUGUUCCACGAGAAAUGUGGAACGCUGAUCAAACUGAGCAACAACAACAAGACGGCAGAGCGGCGGAGACCCCUGGACGAGUUCAACAACGGCGUGGUGAUGACGAACCGGCCGCUACGACACAACGAGAUGUUCGAGAUUCGUAUCGAUAAGCUGGUGGACAAAUGGUCUGGGUCCAUAGAGAUCGGAGUGACGACACACAACCCUAACAAUCUGGACUAUCCUGCAACGAUGACCAAUCUGCGCUCAGGUACAAUCAUGAUGAGUGGCUGUGGGAUACUGACCAAUGGGAAAGGAACCCGAAGGGAAUACUGUGAAUUCAGCCUCGACGAACUUCAGGAAGGAGAUCACAUCGGGUUGAUGCGUAAAGCAAGUGGAGCGCUACAUUUCUACAUCAAUGGCAUUGACCAAGGGGUGGCAGCAGCGCAGACUCCUGGUGUGGUCUACGGCGUGGUCGACCUCUACGGUAUGGCCGUCAAAGUCACCAUCGUCCACAACCACAACCACAGCGACCGCCUCCGACGCAACAACGCCAUCAUGAGGGCACUGUCUCCUGACGUGGGCCGGCCCAGACCGGCGCUGUCCCUCACGCCGGACCCGGACGGACCCGACCGCCUGCUCUUCCACCCAAACUGUGGACAGAAAGCCGCCAUCAUCAGCGACGGCAGGACGGCGUUGCGACCACAUGCGACCGAUGACUUUAACCAUGGCGUGGUCCUGAGCAGUCGACCGCUGCGCUCCAACGAGGUGUUCCAGGUCCGCAUCGACAAAAUGGUCGACAAGUGGGCGGGAUCCAUUGAAAUCGGAGUCACAACACACAACCCCGCCUACCUGCAGCUGCCCUCCACCAUGACCAACCUGCGCUCAGGGACGUGGAUGAUGACAGGGAACGGGGUGAUGCACAACGGGACGACGAUACUGGACGAGUAUGGACACAACCUGGACAGACUCAAAGCGGGUGAUACAGUGGGCGUUGUGCGGAAAGAAGAUGGCAGCCUCCACUUCUUUGUGAACGGCGUGGCUCAGGGCCCGGCGGCGUGGAAUGUCCCCCCCAGUGUGUACGCCGUGGUCGACCUCUAUGGCCAGGCGGCUCAGGCCACCAUCAUGGACGACAUGGUCGACCUUCCUCCUCUCCCUGAGGACAGCUCUGAGGGCCCCACGGCCAUGUCCCCCGGCAGCCCCUGCUCCAUCACUGGGGCCACCUCCACCAACGACCUGCGCUUCCACCACCUGCACGGCACCAACGCCGUCAUCACCAACGGGGGGCGCACCGCUCUGCGCCAGAACAGCCGCAGCGAGUUCAACGACGCCAUCGUCAUUUCCAACAGGUGCCUUCGAGACGGAGAACUUUUUGAGAUUGUUAUUCAGAAGAUGGUGGACCGCUGGUCGGGUUCAAUAGAAGCAGGGGUGACGGCCAUCAGACCAGAGGAGCUGGAGUUUCCCAACACUAUGACUGACAUCGACUAUGACACUUGGAUGCUCAGUGGGACGGCCAUCAUGCAGGACGGGAACACGAUGCGCAACAACUACGGCUGCGACCUGGACUCUCUGACCACGGGGUCUCGGAUCGGCAUGAUGCGCUCGGCCACCGGAGACCUCCACUAUUACAUCAACGGAGUGGAUCAGGGGGUUGCGUGUUCUGGUCUCCCCCCGGAGGUGUACGCCGUCAUCGACCUGUAUGGACAGUGUGUUCAGGUGUCCAUCACCAGCUCCUCAGGACCGUUGGACAACAGCCUCUGUACGAGCAACAUCACCGAGAAGAGCUUCCCCAUCCAGUCUCCAGGUACACACAAAGUAGCAGGUGUCGCCCAUCGCCUCCACAGUAAACAUGGGAAGAAUGUGGUGCUGCUUGGUGAAGGUUGGCAGGCCGUCAGGGUCGGAGGUUACUCCCAUGGAAUCGUGUUCAGCGGCAAAGAGCUGAAAGCAGACGAGCUGUUUGAGGUGCGCAUCGACGUGGUGGACGAGCAGUGGUGCGGUUCGCUGCACAUUGGCCUGACCACGCUGGCGCCGCCAGAGCUGCCGUCCUGCCCGCUCUCCGGCCUCUCCCCCUCCCUCCCCCAGCUUCGCACCAAGGUCACCUGGCUGCUGAGCGGCUCCGAAGUCCGUCGGAACGGCGUCCUGCAGCGGCAGAACUACGGCUGUUCAUUGGACCGGCUCACGGUUGGGAACAGAGUGGGUGUGAAGCGCUGCAGCGACGACACCAUGCACAUCUUUAUUGAUGGAGAAGACAUGGGACCUGCUGCAACGGCAGUGGCAAAGAACGUUUACGCUGUGUUGGACCUGUACGGGAGGAUCACGGCCGUGUCCAUCGUCAGCUCGUCUUUGAUGGAGGACACCGAGAGCGUCAAGGCUCCGUCUCUGUCCUCCGACAGCUGCAGCGAAGGAGAGGACGAUCCCAGCCCUGUCCGAGAGGUGGAGACAGAACCAUGUGCUCCGGUUCCCACCGCCAUGGCCUUCCUGGAGAACCACGGAAAGAACAUCCAGCUGUCCAAUCAGAACCUGACGGCAGCCAGGGUGUCCAGUUACAACCAGGGUUUACUGGUCACCGCCCAGCCCCUGGCCCGACAGCAGCUGUACCAGUUUCAGAUCGACCGUCUGAACCCGUCGUGGACGUCGUCGCUGUCGUUAGGGGUGAUAGGCCACGGCCCCGACCGGCUGAACUUCCCGUCGACGGCGUGCUGUCUGAAGCGGUCCACCUGGCUGCUGCAGAGGGACUCAGUCUUCCACAACUCCCUGAAGAUUUGUGAGAAUUACGGUCCGAACCUGGACACGUGUCCGGAGGGGACGGUGUUGGGUCUGCUGGUGGAUGCCAACAGCUGCCUCCACCUGUACGUGAAUGGCAUGGACCAGGGGGUGGCUGCGCAGGACAUCCCCUCGCCGUGUUAUCCCAUCAUUGACCUCUACGGCCAGUGUGAACAGGUUACCAUAGUAGCGAACAACGUGCCGGCUGUGGGCGGGGAGAGUGGAGAGACGCGCUGUCAGGGCGACAUGGAGAAGGCGGACAUGGUUGACGGAAUUAAAGAGAGUGUGUGCUGGACGCCGCCUCCAGAGGUCAACCCCAACAAGACCUGUGAAUACCAGGCACUGUGUUCACGCUUCAAGGACCUGCUCACGUUACCGGACGGAUACUUCAGUGAAGAUGUGAAAUACAACCUGUGUUACUGCGAGUCCUGCCAUAAGCUCCGAGGUGACGAGGCCUAUUAUAAGCGAGGGGAACCGCCGCGGGACUACGCCCUGCCGUUCGGAUGGUGUCGCUUCGCCCUCAGGAUCAAGCCCCACUGUGAGGUUUCCAAUGCACUGAAGAAGUGGCACAUCGCCUACCACGGCACCAGCGUCGGAUCCCUGAGGCGAACACUGGACCACAACCAGCUGCUUCCUGGGACAUCGUCCGUCUUCUCAGUGUCUCCCCUGAAGGCCGAGGGACCCAACGGAUACAGUGAACCGGAGGAGAACAGCGCCCCCGGCAGGGAGGUCCCCAGGGUGCGGCUGUCACCCACCAUGCGCUACUCCGGCCUGGAGACCUUCGCCCCCAAAGUGCAAUUUCGAGACCCCCGUUCUCAUCGCUGCCACCAGGCCCAGGUGGGCUUCCAGGUCUGUGUACGUCCGGGCUCCUAUAAGGUGGGACCCCAGACCCUGGGCCCCAGCGAGACUCUGGACCCUCGCUUCAGCAACUCGGAGAUCGAGUGGAUCACCAAGGAGCAGGGGGGGACGCUGCUGUACGGGCUGCUGAUCCGGGUCGAGUGACGCCGACCGGGGGCAGGGGGUGGGGUGGGGGGGACACCCUUUUACUGAACAAACUCAACCAAAUCCAACCCCUGCCUUGAGCGACAGACUCCUCUGGAUCAGCUGAUCCCACUGUGGAUUGUCGAGCAUUAAUCUUCUUGUUGUUUUGGUUCUUUUUUGUCGUUUGCUCUCAGACUCUGAUCGGGCGAAGCUCCGGCAGUUUCAAAGAAGAACAGACAAACAGACACUGCCUGCACUUUAUGUUUUGGACACUCGUGGGCGAUUUUUAACCUUCUAAUCGACACGACACGUUUGUUCAUUAGCUACAGUUUUUGGGUUUUUUGUCUCCAGCUUCUUUUCUGGACCUUUUUGGCAUUUCUUAUUUUAACACUUCUCACCUCGGCUUUUUGUUUUGUUUUUGUUUUUAGGAGGGGGGGUAACUUUUGUUCCACCCCCUGCCAACCUGCACGUUAGCUCACUGAUAAAGACUGAAACGCGGGUCAAAAAAAAAAAAAAGUGGUAAUGUUUUCACAAAACUAUAAAGACACUUGAAGAAUGAAUCCCAGAGUGUCUUGUGAUCGUAAAACUGGAGGAAGAGAAAUGUUUACACAUGUUCCACUGUUUGUCCUGUUGGUGUCACCGCUUCCACAUCGUCAGUCCUGUUGGCAUUUUUGUUCAGCCGACGUCUGAUCCAAAAGAAUAACACUCAGCAAGAUGAAGCUGGAACCAUUUACAAACACGCACCUUUUCGUUCAUUUCCCACCACAAAUGGGAUGUUUCGGAUAUGUUCUGUUCUCCUUGUGGGUUGUUGAUCCACCUCCUGCUUCUGGUUGAGCAUUUACAGCGUCAGGUUUUUUUAAGUGGGAUUGUACGAGGUUUUUAUCUAUUGUUACCGUUUCAACACUUGAUUUAAUCAUGGGUGAAAAUGAGGCUUCUUUCAGUUUGACUUUAAUCCUAUCAGUAUUUAUAAUUAUUUAUAAGAUUUACAGGAAAUGGAUUUAGUUGCAACAAAAAAUGAUUCAUGUUUAUUUUUUAAUCAGUGAAAUCAACCUCCUGAGCUACUUAGCAGCAAGAUAGACUUUGGUUUUAGUAAUAAAAUAUGAUCCAUUUGUUUUACAUCAAAUGUUAGCCCACAAUAACCGGUGAAUAAAUUUAGCUCCAGUUGGCUAGCAACACAACAGCCGCUAACAGUAGCUUGCUGUUUAAAUUUAGCAAAUGUUAGCUUUGGUUGAAAAUAAGCAAACAUGUUUUUGAGCCAACUAUUGGUUUUAGUAUUUCCAAAAAACAUUUUUUUGGUAUUGAGAAAUGUUUUUUUCCCCAGUCACAUCAGCUAACAUUAAACAAUGGGCUAAAUUUACCUAAAGUAGUGAAGUAACAGCAGAUAGUACGUUCACUUUGGCUGAUGUUAGUUAAGGAUGUAAUGCGCUGGCUAAUAUUUGCUAGCACGUUAAAUUUAGCUGACGUUAGCUAAAGAUGUACAAGAAACAAACAUUAUGUAGUGAGUUAAUCUUUGGAUUUAGCUGUAACAAUUCUUUUUUUUUUUUUUUUAAAGUCCAAUCAUUAGCUAACCAGCUACAUUUAAUUUUAUGAUGAACCAUACCUGGUGACAAAACCUAAAAGCAGCUGAUGUUAGCUAGGGAGUUAAAAAUGUUACUUUUGGUUUUAGUCGGAACAGAAUGUAUUUGAUGAAAAGGAAUCAUGUUUUUAGACAAACUGUUUUGAGGGAAAGUUUACAUUAAAAUAUCAAGAGUUGAGACUUUUGAAUGGUGUUACUGUCCAGAGUUUUACUUAAGGAAAACGUGACUAAUGUUUCAUUAGUGCCACAUAUUUGACUUUAAACUUUUACAUCAGAUGUUUCUACUGAUACUAAAUUUGCUUGUGUUGAACUGCAUCUGACGAUCCACCUCCAAAAACAAAACUGUAUCUGUUCAAGUGUCUAAACUACAGUUCUGUCCUCAGUUUUCCAACUGACUGUGGAUCAGUGCCUCAUAAUCCCACUUAAAUAACCCAGACCGUCUUUUCCAGUGUUCUUCCCCAUACACUCGUGUCUCCUCCGUCGUUUACGGUCCAUCCGUCAGUUUGUCGCCUGGCGCCGGCGUUUACAUGUGAAUGUUCUUUACUUAGGGCUCUGCUCUUUUACUUUGGACGGACGUCAUCGGUUUACAUCGACCACCUUUAUACAAAAGCUUUUAUUUCAUCCAAAAACAUCCACAGUGAUUGAUUGUACAUGAACAGCUUUCCAAAGCUUUUUUUUUUGUUUUUUCUUGUUGAUCCUGUUGCCAAUCUGACAAACCCACAACCGUAAAGGAAACCCCCACAUUUUUCAACCGCUGUGAUCAAACCGACUUGCGGUUUGGCGAAGGAAAACUUCCAAUCAAAAAAUGUGAAAAAUAAACUCUCAAUGGGUUAUUUACAGCCCAGUGCUGCUUUGUACUAUUUAAUUUGUACUGUUUGUUUUUUUUUUCUUUCUGUAUGUUGCAUUGUACAGGCUGUUACAUAACAAAUCAUAUCGUCCUGAUUUAUAAAAAAUACAAAUAAACUGACAGACAGUAUGCACAGAAGGACGGCUGACAUUUGGCUUUUUUCAAGUGGUUUCAGAUUUUAUUUAAAGUAGGAAAAAAGUCCGGUCACUGACAUGUUAUUGCAGUGUUGCAUACUUCCUCAGUCACACCUCAAAACGCUGUAGACUAAUAUUUACUUAUUAAGGCCAAUAGUGGGUGUUUUCAGAGUUUGUAUAGAAAUAUCGGCUCCGUCCUGCCAUUUAACAGUAAACACAUGAAUGAACUCAGAAAUGCAGUGGCGAACAAAGAGUUACAUGAACGACUGUUGGACGAAACAGAAAUCUGCUGGAUGAUCUUUUUUUUUUGUUGCAUAGUCAGGUUUCGAUAUAAUUUCAUUACUAAGCUUUAAAGCGACGUUUCUGCUUCAGCUUUUAGACCCUGAGUUUCCUCUUUUUGUCUUUUUCUAACAUCUGGAUUCUAAUUGUUUGUUUCCCAGUCGAGUGUCAAUUAAACUGAAUCUGGGCCACGUUUUGGUUCAACAUCAUCAUCUAAAAAGGUCUGACUUAUCUGAAUAAAUGUCCAAAAUUAACAUGGUGUAAGCUACAAACUGAAAACCAAAGUGCAGAUGGUCAAGGAGUUUGUUUUUACGGGGUCGUAUUUAAAGCAGCAUCGUGUUCAUGUCAACACAAAUCAAGUGUUUUUCAAAGAGACUCAGUUAACGACGGUACAUUGCGACGUUUUAGGUGAAACUUUUUCUUUUAACGAUGUAGGGAAGGACGACGAUGGUUCUGAAGGAAAAAAAAACUCAAUUUACAAGAUAAAUGUCAAAUUAAAAAGAAAUUAGUUAUUUACUUUGUAAAUGUAUGACUAGUCUCAGAAUCAGUUUUUUCUCCUUAAUUUUUACAUUUUGUUUCAUUAAUUUUCACAGUGUUUCUUAGAAAUUUAUGAUAUACUUUUU